AAGCAGCUUUAAUUCACGGUGCCUUUUUAACCCGUUCGUGACUGCACAUGUGUCAGACCAGCCGUCCGCGCCCUGAGAGUGACGUCUGCUUUCUUGAGACCGGGGUCGGAAAGCGCGCGGCGGAGCGGCGGAACACGCGUACACGAUUGUAAUUGUUUCAGGCUGAAUGAAGUGGUGCAUAAGCCUUGCAUCAGGCCUCAGCAGAGUGACCAACCAUGCGUGAAUAUAAGCUUGUUGUCCUUGGCUCUGGGGGCGUGGGGAAGUCUGCACUGACAGUCCAGUUUGUACAGGGAAUAUUUGUUGAAAAAUAUGACCCCACAAUAGAAGACUCCUAUAGGAAGCAAGUUGAGGUGGAUGGGCAGCAAUGUAUGCUAGAAAUCCUGGAUACUGCAGGCACAGAACAGUUCACAGCAAUGAGGGACCUGUACAUGAAGAACGGUCAGGGUUUUGCUCUGGUUUACUCCAUCACAGCACAGUCCACUUUUAAUGACCUGCAGGACCUACGAGAGCAGAUUCUGAGGGUUAAGGACACAGAGGAUGUGCCAAUGAUCUUGGUCGGAAAUAAGUGUGAUUUAGAGGAUGAGAGAGUGGUUGGGAAAGAGCAGGGUCAGAAUCUCGCUCGUCAGUGGAGUAAUUGUGCCUUUCUAGAAUCUUCUGCCAAAUCAAAGAUCAAUGUCAAUGAGAUCUUUUAUGACCUGGUAAGACAGAUAAACAGAAAGACGCCGGUGGAGAAAAACAGAACAAAAAAGAAGUCAAACUGCGUCCUACUGUAACACAACUGCAGAGCAUGACUGCAGCAGCUCUGAGCCAGAAUGCCGAAAUGAAGAACUGUUGCCCUGCUGGCCAAUACAGUUAUUGGCCAAACAGUCAAUAAGGCAGAACACCAUAGACUUCUGGACUAAUAUACACAAGAUUUGACAGAAAAAGAGAAAUGAAGCCUCUGCCUUUUCUUCCAGAACAGUCUUUCAAAUUUACUUCCCCCUCUUUGACUACAGUUAUUUCUGAAGGAGAUUCCACAGUGAGGAUCUGUGUCUGAAGGAGAAUCUAUGUCUGUGAUGGGGCGAGGGGGGUUAGGCAUUCUGGGAGGGGGUUCAGGACUUAAUAACUACAGAGAGAAUGGAGACAUUUCAAACCAUUUUAAUGUUUAUAAAAUGAUCAGAAAUGUUUUUUUUUUAUUAUUAAUGUUUGGACCUUCACUAAUCAUUUGUACAGAGGAGCUGUGUGUCCUUCAUUCUUUGGAAAAAGUUCAACCUUUUUUUUUCCUGAGUGUCUAGGUUUUCUGAAGAGUCACAGCUUUCAUAUUCCCCAUAAUAUGCUUGAAUUCUUUUUUUUUUUUUUUUAAUCUAGAGAAACUGUGGAAAAUUAAAAAAAUGUCAGUUUUGUAGUGGUAAGAUGAAAGUAACUAGAAAUUUGGUUCUGUGUAUCUUAAAGAUAUAUUGUACUAAAGCCAAUGCUGAAAUGCUCUUUUAUGUUCUUUCGCAAUCAGAAUGACAUUAAUUUUCCAGCUUUUAAAGAUAAUGAAAUUUGAGUGUAUUUUCAUUCUAAAUUUUUGGUUGUAUUUUGUUGUUGGCUGUAGCUCUGCCUGGGAGGAAUACCAUUUUGUGCCUGAGUAGAAGAAUGAAAUCGGAUCUAUAACCCGCAGAUGACUUCUCUUACAACGGCUAAACCAAUAAUCAGUUGUCAGUCCUUGACACUUAAUUUGCCAAGUUAAAUCAGUCUUGAUGUCUCAGAUGUUUUACUUAAGUUCUUCAUUGUUCUGCUCCAUGGUUAUUUUAAGCAUUUCAAGCAAAGUGUGUCUGAUUAACUUUUAAUUUUAAAGUAAUGUGUGCUUUAUAAUUUUUUGACAUAGAUUUAAAUAAAUAAAUGUAUUUCAUAUUGA